GAGGACACUGAGCUCUCUUAUAAUCCCUUCUCUGCCCCUGCAGUCUUUCAGUGCAGUACCUAAAUCCACGUGAACACUGAGCGAAUGUGUGGCAGACAAACAGUCCUCUCAGUACUCCUGUUCCACUGGUUUUUAAGUAGUAAGGUCAGGAUGUCCAAUCCUGGAAGUAACAACUAUGGCAACCUCCAUAGCAACCAGGAAACACUGGCAGCAAAAGGCUUCCUGUGUCCAACGGGCAAAAGGGCAAGAUUUCUGCACUCAGACUAAAUCCAAACUGACCAGAUGCACUGUUACCAGUAGCUGAUCACGACUGAGUCCUGCAGGUAUCUGCUUUUGCAAGAAUGGCUCAUUUGGAAGGGUUCCUGCCUCCGAGUCACAGGUAUUGCAGUGUGAGGCCAGCUCUGGACAAGUUCUCGCGUUCCAGCACUGUACCUGCCAUUAACCCCACCUGCAGGAGCUCUUUUGUAGUGUAUCCUGCCUGGAUCGCUGAGCCCCUCACCUCCCAGAGGUGCCAAUGGAUUAGCCACUGCCUCCACUCCCCCUGCCUGGCAUGGGAGAGACUGGGGACAUCUGUGUGCAUAGACAGCAACGUGCCUGUGCUGGUGAGAAGGGAACAAGAUGGAUUUUAUUACCAUGGUACAGUAAAAGAGGAGAUAGAGAGUGAAAGAGGCAUCUUCCUGGUAGAGUUUGCCAAACCACCUGUGUCCCGUGGAGACCAUCCAGUGUGUGUGCAAAAAACAGCAAAGGAUGACAUUCUGGAGUAUGUGAAUGGGAUGAAGCACUCCUUACUCCCUGGAGACAAAGUACUGGCACCCUGGGAGCCAGAUAUGGCCAGGUAUGGCCCAGGAACCGUCCUCACAGGCAUUGAAACAAGGGACCCCUUACGAGCCUCAGAAGAUGAAGAAAUUACAGUCCAGUUCUGGAAUAAUAAGAAAGUGAAACUCCCACGUAAUGUGGCUCUGUGGAUCCCUCUUGGCCUGUGGGAGAGGACUGUAGAGAUGAUCCACAUGCCCUUCACCAGCAGGCUGAAGUCCAGAGAAAGUCCGGAUGCUGGCUCUUGUAUUUUUCCCUACAGUCCUAAACCAGCCCUCAUUUCUGUUUAUGCUGGACACAGCCUUGCCAAGCACUGCUUGCUCUGCUCACCCUGCUGGCCACAUUUCCACUACCACUGUGGUGGUGGUUUGUGCUGUUUGUCAGGAUAUGUAAGGUGCAUCUGCUGCUGUCACCCCCAUGCUGAUGCCUGGCGGUCUCUUCCAUCCAGGUCUCUGGUUUUUCAGAACAAAUCUGAAGAGGCAGAGUCCAGCAGUGAGCCCUCUCCAGGCCUUCUAGAACUGGAAGGCACAAAACAAGAAGCAGCUGCAGCUGUGGCUACAUCUUCCUCCUCUUCUGAUUCAGAGUCGGACCUGAAGCCACUCCCCACUGGGAGUACUGUGGUGGACAGUGCUGUUAACACAGCCUGUGGCUGUCUUGAAAAGCCCAGGCUAAAGGAUUCUGCAAGACCUCAGUGGAAAUACUGGAAAAGAAGCCACCACAAGUCACAUUCCAGUAAUUCAGGACUUGGCAGUUGCAGCAGUGCAUGUACAAAGGACAAGCUGGAAUCCAAAGCCAUCUCCAUUGGGGACACAUCCCGUGUGGCCCCAGCUAAUCGGAGUGCAAUGUUUGAAACCAUUGAGCUGUCUCCCAGAGGGCAACUCACAGUGAAAGAAAUCUUAAGAGACCAAGAUUUCAAGCCAUCACUGGAGGAAGAAGGUUUUGCAGCAUCAGAAAAACAAAGAAACAAAAGAGCGUCAGAUGAUAAAUGUAAAGCGACUUGCGUGGGCGACGACAAACUUGAUGUUAUAGAGCAUGUCAGAGCUCACUUGCAACAAAGCAGAGAGAGACAUGAUCAACCAGAAUUCAGCACACGUACAACUGAUGAAGUCCAGGGGCUGAAAUUUCAGACUUAGCCUGUGUUAUUAACUCUGCAGACAACGAGCUCCCUGCUGUGUUGUAACAGCUCCUGAGGGGCACAGCCGCUGUGAAUUGCGGUGGAGUUCACAGAGACUUCAGUGCAGCAGCUGGGCUGCAGGGCUGCGUUCACAAGGAUGAGCUGGCAGAGGUUGGCUCCUGGUCCAUCCACCCCAUAAGGCAAUGACACCUGGCAGCCAAAGCCAGCAUGAAAGCAGUGGAGCUGUGCAUCUGUAAGCCAUACUCCUCCAUUUCUACUUAUCACAAAGAUACGGUGCUGCUGAGAACUGAGCCCACAGUCCUCAUCCAGUGGCAACAUCCCAGAUCAAGUUCAACCUGGUUUCAUCUGGGAAUGGAGUUGGUUUUCUUCCUAGUAGCUGGUACAGUAGCUGUAUUUUGGAUUUGGUACAAGUAUAAUGUUGAUAACAAACUGAUGUUUUGGUUGUUGAAUGGUGCUUACCCUAAGUCAAGGACUUUUCAGUGUCUCAUGCUCUGCCAGCGGGGAGGUGCACAAAAAGAUGGGAGGGAGCCUAGCCAGGACAGCUGACCCAAACUUGCCAGAAGGAUAUUCUAUACCAUGGACUGUCACGCUUAGUAUAAACUGGGAGAGUUGGCUGAGGAGGGCUGACUGCUGUUUGGGCUGGGCAUUGGUGGUGAGCAACUGUAUUGUGCAUCCCUUGUUCUUCUUGGGUUUUAUUUGUCUCUCUCCUUUUCAUUACAAUUAUUAUUGUUAUUAUCAUUACUAUUAUUGUAUUUUACUUUGUUUCAAUUAUUAAACUGUUCUUCUCU